GCCCGGAGCCUGAGCCUAUGGAAGUGGAAGAGGGGGAGCUGGAGGCCAUCCCUGUGAGGCGCUCGCUCCGGGAGCUCAUUCCGGACACUAGUAGGAGAUAUGAAAAUAAAGCUGGAAGUUUCAUUACUGGAAUAGAUGUAACCUCCAAGGAAGCAAUUGAGAAAAAAGAACAAAGAGCAAAACGCUUUCAUUUUCGAGCUGAAGUGAAUCUCGCCCAAAGGAAUGUGGCACUGGAUCGGGACAUGAUGAAGAAAGCAAUUCCUAAAGUGAGACUGGACACAAUUUACAUUUGUGGGGUGGAUGAGAUGAGUACACAAGACAUCUUUGCCUAUUUCAAAGAGUAUCCUCCUGCUCAUAUUGAAUGGUUAGAUGAUACAUCAUGUAAUGUGGUCUGGCUUGAUGAAGUAACAGCAACACGGGCUCUAAUAAAUAUGAGUUCCUUGCCUGAUCAGGAGAAAACAAAAAGCAGAGAAAACAAUGAAGAGAAGACAGCUGAAAAAAACAAGAAAGAAAAACAGGAGGAAAGUUCUGACGAUGAGACAGAAGAAGGCGAGGUUGAGGAUGACAAUCCAAGUGACGUUGAGUUGGAUGCCCUCUCCCAGGUAGAAGAGGAUUCUCUCCUGCGUAAUGAUCUUCGCCCUGCCAAUAAACUGGCUAAAGGAAACAAGCUAUUCAUGAGAUUUGCUACUAAAGAUGACAAAAAAGAGCUGGGAGCUGCAAGGAGAAGCCAGUAUUACAUGAAAUAUGGCAAUCCCAAUUAUGGAGGCAUGAAGGGGAUUCUUAGCAAUUCUUGGAAACGAAGAUACCAUUCACGUCGAAUCCAUCGGGAUGUGAUAAAGAAAAGGACACUUAUUGGGGAUGAUGUUGGCUUGACUCCUCCUUAUAAACAUCGUCAUUCAGGCUUAGUAAAUGUUCCUGAGGAGCCUAUUGAGGAGGAAGAGGAGGAGGAAGAAGAUCAGGAUAUGGAUGAAGAUGACAGAGUUGUGGUAGAGUACCGUGAUGAACUGCAAGCUUUCAAACAGUCCCGAGACCGCAGUGCAGCAAGACGAUCGAGUGCUAGUGCAUCUGAUUCUGAUGAAAUGGACUAUGAUCUUGAACUGAAAAUGAUAUCAACACCUUCUCCCAAAAAGAGCAUGAAGAUGACAAUGUAUGCAGAUGAGGUGGAAUCACAACUGAAAAAUAUUAGGAAUUCCAUGCGAGCAGAUAGCAUAGCAACCAGUAACAUCAAAAAUCGGAUUGGCAGUAAAGGAUCAUCAGAGAAAGUUGCAGAUGUAAGACUACUGUUAGAAGAAAAACGUCAGAAUAAUACUGGGCCACGUCAGCCAAACAGCACUGUAAAAUCAGAUGUGCGGCAAAGACUGGGAAAAAGACCACAUUCUCCAGAAAUCAAACCUCCAAGUAGUACCUCUGCUCCUCGUCGAGAGCCAAUAUCAGAUGUACACAGCCGGUUAGGAAUCCCCAAACAAGAUGUAAAAGGCCUCUACUCUGAUACCAGAGAGAAGAAAUCAGGUAAUUUAUGGACCCGAUUAGGGUCUGCUCCGAAGACACAAGAAAAGACUUCAGAUAAACCUGAAAACUCUGUGGCAUCUCCAGAGGAAGAUGAUUCAGAGCUACAGCGGGUUUGGGGUGCUCUCAUUAAGGAAAAAGAACAGUCUCGGCAAAAAAAGAGUCGAUUGGAUAAUUUACCAUCUCUACAAAUUGAAAUCAGCCGAGAAAGCAGUUCUGGAUCAGACACUGAAUCAUGAUUGUUUUUACAUUCUGAUCCUCAAGAUUGUGACUCUGCAGUGUGGCAAGAUUUCCUUUGCCCAAAAGCUGGACACUGGCAAAGACUCUGCAGUGAAGGUUCCAGAAGUGUCUCUGUUCCUUUUAUACAAAAAUAGAGAUGCAUAUACCACUUGAAACCUAAAGCAAUCACGUUUGUCUGGAGUCUGUGGUUGGCCCUGUGUUACGUAGGGCGUUGUCAUACAUGUUUAUUACAGCAAACCUGUAGUUAAUUCUAGGAAAACGCUUUUCCCCAAGCUUUGAACUUAAAAGAAAGGGCAGAAAUGCUCUGUAUUUUUAAGAUGACCUUUUUGUUCUUAAUAUUUUUAACAUGGAGCCUUUUAACAAAAUAUUUUACACAGUUCAUCCAAAGAACAGGGCAUUUCAUAAUCAGCGUCAUUGCCUUGCCCUUCUGGCUCUUACCAGCACCUUUCCUUUCCUCUUGAAGUAAUAACGAUAAUGCUUCCUGGGUAGGCAGCCAGCAAGGAUAAAGCAUGAAGGGACCAUCAUGUUCCCUUCCUCCAAAAUACUGAAUGUAAAUCGAAGUUACGUGUUUUAGUACAGUGAAAUUUCACAUAGUACCCAAGUAGCAUCACUGCUCUCGAGGAAUUCUGCUCGUUUAUUUUGGUGAGACUAUGUUCUGCUGUAGUAGGGAUUGAGAUGUUCAAGACUGCAAAGUUGGAUGUUUGAGAAUUAUGUAAAUUCCCAAGGGUUUAAUUUUUGUUAUGUGAUGAGAAAUUAUAUUUCUUUCAUUUUAUCUGUAUUAUGUUUUGAAGAAAUCUAACAAUUUGAAAACAUACACUUUUAUAUUUGUGAGAAUUUUCCUGUUGGCCACGGUGAAAGCUAUAGUGGUGUUUUCCUACGUGCUGUUUAACUAUAUAUAUAUAUAAAACUGAGAAAAAAGAAAAACUAUAGUAUUACUGUCUCAUGUCAAUAUUUUUGAAUGUUCUUAUUGUAUAGUACGUGUGGAUGUUACACAUGCCUGACUUGUUACACUCAGCUUUUUUACCUGCGUACCUUCUCUAGGUAGGAAAAAGGUUUGACCAGUGUGCAGCUGUAAUUUUUUCUUGUUGCCUAUGGCAUUUAUUUUGAUUGCCAAUAAUUCGGAAUAAGGAAUAAUGCUUGUACAUCACAGAACGGAACAGAUAGCAAAACCAUUGUCUGCUACAUUUUGACAGGCUGAAAAUUUGUUUGUAUUGUCCCUUUUUCCUAGGUUCUGUCAGUCCAAAAGGUCUAUGAAUAUCUCUUCCCAUUGCUGCUUUUUAACAGAUGUUUUAAUCUUUUUUCCCCCUCUAUUUUUGUACUAAGUUCAAGUAGGUUUGAGGCUUCACAAAAGCAAGGAAUCUGCAAUUAACUUUUUUUACUGGUUUAUCACAUGUAAGGAUAGCAGCAUGUAAAAUUCAAGGUAAAAAUGAAAGGUGCAGUGACUAGAAGGGCAAUCUGGGGACUGACUGGGCUUCAAGCCUUAUUAUUUCCUUGUUUUGUGACACUCAUCCUUGAUUUGAUAUUUAAUUAUUGAAUAUAUAAAUAUGUCUCAUAAAAGUACUGUUGAGAGUAAAUGACUGCAAUGUCUGAUCACUGUAAUAAUUCAUUUUAGUGUGUGCUUUCAUUAAUAUCCCUUCCAAAGCUUUCAAAUAGAAUCAUACCCAAACUGUACUAAUUUCUCAAGAUCCUGAUGAAAUUUAACCAGUGUCUUUUUGCCAGUAAACCUUUGUAUUGGAUCCAUUAUGGCCUUUCAUUUUCCUGAUACGACUCAUGCACCUGGUCUGUGAAGACGGGCUUCUGCACUCUUGUGAAUCUUUGCAUGUUUUUUAGCUCAGCAACUGGCUGUGGUCUGCUGUUAAUGUUGCUGAUGACCACUGUGUUUCCAUGUAAAUAUUCAUAAUGCGAGCCUGAUGAAGGACAGACUGACUGGUAUGAAGGAUGGAAUGGGAAUCUCUGCAACUGAUACUAAUGGAUGUGUGGUCUGAACUAAUGGAUGUGUGAAAGCAAGAAAGG